CGUGGGGAAAGGGACACCCAUACGGUUUGCUUGUCAUCCAGCGUGCUGUCACUUCAUCAGCAAGGCCAGUCUGGGACGUGCUGGGGAACCAUGGAGCUGCUGUCAUCUCUAAGCCUGGAGGAUCUGGCUGUAUCCUUCUCCAAACUGCCUGUCUUCCCUCUCUUCGAUGUGGCUUAUUAUAUCAUCUCCAUCCUGUACCUCAAGUAUGAGCCAGGUGCUGUGGCUCUUUCCAGACGCAGUCCAGUAGCCUCCUGGUUAUGUGCGAUGCUCUACUGCUUUGGCAGCUACAUUCUUGCAGAUGUCUUACUUGGUGAUUCACCCAUAGACUACUUCAGCAAUAAUUCCAAUAUACUUUUGGCUUCAGCUGUUUGGUACUUGGUGUUCUACUGUCCAUUGAACCUGUUCUACAAGAUAGUUAGCUUCCUGCCUAUUAAACUAGUGCUUGUUGGGAUGAAAGAGGUAGUCCGGGUACGCAAAAUUGCCAUUGGAAUCCACCAUGCCCACCACCAUUACCACCAUGGAUGGGUUAUCAUGGUACUCAUUGGAUGGGUGAAAGGUUCUGGAGUUGCACUGAUGUCUAAUCUAGAACAGCUCUUACGUGGUGUUUGGAAGCCUGAGACCAAUGAAAUUCUUCACAUGUCCUUCCCAACCAAGGCCAGUUUGUAUGGAGCUAUCCUGUUUACUCUACAGCAGGCCCACUGGUUACCUAUUUCCAAAGCCAACCUCAUCUUCUUUUUUACAUUGUUCAUGGCAGCUUGCAAGAUAUUCAUGACUGCAACCCACUCCCAUGGAUCACCUUUCGCUCCAGUAGAAAAUGGCCUCUGCCUUGUGCUUUUCGGCUCCCCUGAUGGCAUCCAUGAGGAACAUGACCACCAUCAUCACCACCAUCAUGAUGAUCAUGAGGUGUCCCAUUCAGCAGGAAAAUCCAAAGAAGAAUUGAAUGAAGGAACUCGAAAAAGGAAAGUGAAGAAAGCCGAAUGAAGACAAUAAGUAGUCUUCAAUGGGUCAUUAUGGCUCAUAAUAAAACAGUCCUCAUGUCAAACCUCAGCCUUUUAUAUUGGGACUUAAUAACAGAAAUAUGAGUUUUUCAUAUCUGUCCAUGAAUUUUUAAAUUUUAACUACCAGAGAAGACUUGUGAAUGUUUUCAGUAUUUAAACAUGUUAUCUCCUGUACCAAUAGAAGUUAAUUAAGUGUUUGAGCAUUUUGAGACAGAUGAAACUUGAACCAAUUGGCUAAGGUUCUUAAAUACAUAUACAUUACACUCCAUAGUAAUGUAUCUAUGAAGGGUAAUCAAAUUAAAGAAAAUACUUCACAAAUUUGUAUAAUAAGGUGCAAUUUCACAAAACUUUUAACAUAAAAUAUAUGCAGGUAUUCUAAGAACUAUUUAUUUUUUAAUUGUUUAAAUAUUUUUUAAAUGCUACAUAAGGCCUUUAUAUUUAAUUAAUUUAAUAAUCUUUUUUUUAUUAGAAACUAGAAGUAGUCACAGUUUCCAUCAGUGGAGUUGUUAUUUCACUGGCUCUUACCGACUUUACUCUCAGAUGCGAGAGCACAGAAACCUUCCAAUAACAAACGAGUCCUGUAUUAGGCAUACAUUCUAAAGCAAUGAGAAAUAAAACAGCUUAAAACAGCCCUCUCAUUUAUAUGUGGUUGGAAUGACAUACAUUUUGACAAAAAUCAAUAUCUAAUAUUAAUGUUACUCUAAAUGUAUCUGUUUUUUGGAACUUUUAACUAUAGGUUAAUGGCCAAAUUUCUAAAUUCACCCAGGAAUAAAAUACAUCAGCUUGUAUCAAAUGCACCAAUGCAAACUCUGCUAUUUAGAUGAGAAUGCUGUGCAUUUGCUAUCAGUUAUUAGCUUCCCAUUUCUCAACAAAAAGGAGAAUUUGGUCUAAUACAAUGAAAUUACCAACAAAGUAUGACAUCUCUGUGCAUUAAUAGGUGCUUCCAAAGGUUGCACUUCUUUGUUAUCUCUCCUUUAAAUAGCCCUAAUUCUUUCCCAGAUGUUAUAUCAUGCCAUUAAGUUAAUUAAGGCUGUUUAUGGCAACCCUAAAGCUGGCCAUACACAUGGUGGCUUUCCCCCAAUUUUAACCACUAUCAGUUGAGUCAAAGUUCCAGUUGACCAAACACAGAAGCUAGUGGCUUUGACUGACCUCAUGGAAAUUCAAUCAAAAAUGCCUUGAUCAGGCCCUGUGUAAAUAUCCCAUUGCUUUUGCCAAAAUAGCCAUAGUUCUUCUAGAUAUUUACAUAACUGGUAUUGAAGUUGUCAAUUUAUAGCCCAAAUUGAUCAAAUUCAGGUGAUCAAACAAACUCAUGAAUGGUAGAUUUCUUGGUUUAAGGAAACCAUUUUCAAUCACAUAUUCAAUUCCCAGUGGUUCUUAAGUGGUUGCAGUUGACUAAAAAUUGCCAUGUGUAUAGCCAGCUUUAGGCAUGUAGUAUAACUGAUAGAGUUAGGCGUCAUGUUCACUUUAAUAAAAAAAACAAAAAUACAUGAUGUGUUCUUAAAAUGCACAGACUAUUUACUGGUUAGCAUUUUAAAAGUCGUUUUAAAGAGAAGCCACUCAUUUUGUGAAGGAAGAACAUUUUAAAAUCAUGGUGUUUUCUAUGUUACUAAACAAAGCAUUUCAAUCACAUCUGUUCAUUUGUAUGAUGAAUACAACAUAUGAAUAUUUUUGGGGAAGAAAGCUUUAAACUUU